CACCACUGCAACGCCUCGUCUUCCCUUCUCAUCGUCCACAAUGGACUUCCUCUCCCCGCUCCUCGUCGCCGUCAUCGUUUUCCUUUCGAUCGAUACCCACACCUUGGCACAGUCCAGUCUCUGCCGUACGUCCUGCGGCGCCAUCCCCAUCCGCUACCCCCUCGGCAUCGACGACGGCUGCGGCAGCCCCUACUACCGCAACAUGCUCAUCUGCGCCAACUCCUCCCGCCUAUUCCUCCGCACACCCUCGGGGACGUACCCCGUCGCCGCCGUCGACUACACCGACCCCCACCUCGUCGUCAACGACCCGUCCAUGUGGAGCUGCCGCUCCUCCGGCACCGACGGCGCCGUGCUCCGGCGCGCGGCCAACCCCUUCAGCCUCGACACCAGCACCCGCUUCUCGCUCUCGUCCAAGAACGACUACCUCUUCUUCAACUGCAGCGGCGAGUCCGUCAUCGUGGAGCCCAAGCCCGCGUUCUGCGAGCGCUUCCCCGACCGCUGCGACUCGGCCUGCGACAGCGCCGCGUACCUGUGCCGCAACCCGCCCGAGUGUCCCGACGCGCUGGCGGACCGGCGGACUAGCUGCUGCUCCUACUACCCCAAGGCGUCGGAGUCGCUGAGGCUCCUCCUGCAGCACUGCUCCACGUACGCGAGCGUGUACUGGAGGACGGUGGGCGCCAACUUCCCGCCGUACGACCAGGUCCCGGAGUACGGCAUUCGGGUGGACUUCGAGAUCCCGGUGACGACGAGGUGCCUUCAGUGCGAGGACGUCAGGCGGGGCGGGGGAACCUGCGGGUUCGAGACGGAGUCGAGGAGCUUCCUCUGUCUCUGCGACGAAGGCAACGCCACCACCUACUGCACAGAUGGCACGUACAGAGGGCGUCGAGCAUCAGCUGCAGUCAUUGCAGGGACGGCCACUGUUUCGGUGGCGGGUGCAGUCGGGAUCGGAGCUCUCGUCUGGUAUUUAAGAAAAAUAAGGAAAAAUAGCGCGGUGACUUGUGGGGUCCAAAGCAAUGAGAAUCGUCUAUUUUAGAUUCCUUUUUUUUUUUCUUUUUUUUGUCGUGGAGAUCUUCUUUUCCUACAUGUAUUAGACAUAUUUUUCUUGUUUUACGUCAACAUAUCAUGCUUGAUCUGAAGAUGAAUUUGGGUAUUAAGCGUUGGGACUACUCGUGUGUACGAAUAAUUAAUUAUAUUUUGAUAAAUAUUAAAACAGUCCGAUGGCACAAUAUAUUUGACCCGAGUUACAGUGGUGUACAAUUAUCAUGUAUAUUAGCCAUCAUUAGUUGGACUGCUACUCAAAUUCCGAAAUAAAAAAUAUAUAUGAUAUAAGUG